CCCCCUCCCGGUACUUCCCCCUCCCGGUACCCCCCCCCCCCGGUAACGGGGUAUGUAAUGAGAACACCCUGGGAUGCUGUCAGCGGGUGCAGGUCACCAGAAGGUGAACAAAUCCUCAGCUCAGAUGCAGACCCCUGGUUCUGGCUGUACACUGCAACAAGUCUUCAAACUCCACGGCCCUCAAGACCCUGGGGCAAUGUACCCACAUUUCAUCAGGGAACAAAGGACAAAGCUGGAAAUUCUCAGCCGUAAACGCAUGGAUGAUACCCCAGGACCUGCAACAUACAACGUGGAUGCAGCCUACAAGGCUCUCCUACCCAGCUCCCGCAGCUUCACCAUCCAGGGCAUCAGGAGACCCAAAAACCAUGAGAAUGGGCCCUUUGCCACCCUCUGA